GGGAUGUUUGUGCCCUGGGGGUUCCUGGUACUUGGAUCAAAGCAGCCCUCUGGAACAGUUUCCCUGGAGCUUCUUGAGAGUAAAAGAGCUGUCCCAGCCACUACCAUGCUGCAGCUAUGUGUGCUGCCAGUCACCCUGACCAGUGUGGAACAGCAUGGCAUACUCCCUCCUGCUUCAGCUCCAGGGUCUUCCUGUGGACAGUGUCCUUGUUGCAGAUGGCUUACUCCCCACCGGAGCUCCCAUCUGCAGGGGUUGGAACAUCACCCUGUGGUCUCCCUGCAUUUGGGGCAAGCAGGAGGCUGGGAUGGGCUGUGCUGUGAGAGGGACACAGCUGGAUGAGAAUGGCUGCAGAUGCUGGCAGCAGGCAGGGCUGUGUGCCAGGGUUUGAGGCCUGCUGGGAACUGACCUUGGGCGGAAGCAGAGAGCUGGGGCGGAGCGUGGCUGAGCUGCAGCUGGAAGCAGUAAGGCACACUUCAGGGUGCUGGGCCCUGUCCCACAGGGGACCCUGGGAGACAUUGUGGAAGGAGGAUUUGCCCUACAGGGAUAUCUCUGGCAGGGGUGGGGUUGGGGUGUUUCAACUGGAGCGUUAGCAAGGGGUGCUCUUCCCACUAGGAUGCGGGUCUGGGGCCUCCCUGGGGUUGUCAGACGGAGGCAAGGGAAGUGGUUUUGUAUUUUGAGGAGGGGCUUUGUUAAGGCCCUGUAGUGGUGCCCAUGGUAGUGGCGUUGGCACCAGCUCUGUGCUCUGUUGCUGCAGUGGCUGCCCCGUGCAGGGAUGGCGCCCCUGAGGACCAAAUCUCCCGGGACCAGAUCCACCACGAGGUGCAGGAUUACUAUGGCAGAGAGCUGCAGAAGUCAGAGGACCUGAAAACCAACGCUUGCAUCACACCGACCAGGCCUGUUCCCAAGGCAGUGAGGGAUGCUCUGCAGCGUGUCCAUGAGGAGGUGGUGGCCAGGUACUAUGGCUGUGGCCUGGUCAUCCCCGAGUGCCUGGCGUCCUGCCGGGUCCUGGACCUGGGCAGUGGCAGCGGCAGGGACUGCUACAUGCUGAGCCAGCUGGUGGGGGAGCAGGGCCAUGUCACCGGCAUCGACAUGACUGAGGCACAGGUUGAGCUGGCGAAGAAGCACAUUGCCUAUCACAUGAAGAAGUUCGGCUACCAAAAGCCAAACGUGGAAUUCCUCCAGGGCUACAUGGAGAACCUUGGUGAUGUUGGGCUGACUGAUGAGAGCUAUGAUAUUGUCAUCUCCAACUGUGUGAUCAACCUCGCCCCUGACAAGAGGGCUGUGCUUCGGGAGGCCUACCGUGUGCUGAAGCCUGGAGGAGAGAUGUACUUCAGUGAUGUCUAUGCCAACCAGCACCUGAAUGAAGCCGUGAGGAAGCACAGAGUGCUGUGGGGAGAGUGCCUGGCAGGAGCCCUGUUCUGGAGAGACUUGUACAGCAUUGCCAAGGAGGUGGGUUUCAGCCCUCCGUGCCUGGUCACCGCCAGUCCCAUCACUGUCAGCAACAAGGAGCUGGAGAGAAUCAUUGGUGACUGCUGCUUCGUCUCUGCCACGUUCCGGCUCUUCAAGGUGCCAGGGAGCAGCCAGGCUGGGCCAGGCCAGGUCAUCUACAAUGGUGGGAUUGUGGGGCAUGAGCGAGAGCUGGUGUUUGAUGCCAACUUCACCUUCAAGGAAGGAGAAGUGGUGGAUGUGGAUGCUGAAAUGGCUGCGAUAUUGCGGAGCUCCAGGUUUGCGGACAAGUUCCUGAUCCGGGCUGGUGGAACCGACGGUGCUGCACCACAAGGCUGCUGUCAUGGGAAGAUGAAGGAGAAGAUCUGUGACCCCUUCCUGCUGCUGCACCAGCAGGCAGCCCCAGCUCCUGCCUGUGGUGCUGCCAGGACCUGCGGGCCGCAGGGCUGCUGAGUGGAGAGCGAUGUCCCCACAGCGUUGGGAGCCGGGGAGCUGCGGCUUCACCGGAGGGAAAAUAUAAAGAAAUAGUUGAGGAGUGUGGCUGA